AUCUACACGUUGAGCCCAAAACCAUGUUAUCUUCUUCAGUCGUUUCACUGCCAUACGGUGUCGCGGUGAAGGUGCGAUUUUUUUUUAUGAUCGUGGUGAAUGUUUUUUAUUUUUUUUUAUAUUUGUUUUUUUUUGUAAUUUUUUUACCCAUUUCACUCGGUCCAGAGUGCGUGCGUGAUUGCAGCCAGUCCGGCCGAUAUUGGUGUUGUUGUUGUGUUAUCGCCAACGUCGUCUUCGUGUCAUCGGAACAACGAUUGUCGGUCCACGAAAACCGUCAGAAUAUUUCCUCAGCCUAGUGGCGUCCAUUAUCGAAGGCCGUUUGGACUGGUUAUCGGCGGUUAACUGAAGAAGGGCGGUGAAAACCGCGACAUAGCUGUAGCGGUAAUAGUGUAGACGUCGACAAAAAAAAAAAAAAAUUGCCCUUAUCAAUACUAAUCUGCGUUCCGGAUUAUAUUCACGUCAAACGCAACAGCCAGUGUACCAUCAACACCUUGAUUCAAACGUCGGGGUGUGAUCGGCCAGUCAGACCUUGUAAAAUUUCCAAGAUGAUGAGUCGUGCUGACGGUCUGGUGCAGAGACGCAACGUCAAUAGAGACAACAAUGACAGCGUGUCCCGAGAAAAUGGUCAAUCGUCUGACAAACUAGACUACGAUGAGGAUAUCGACGAUGGUGAUUCUAAAGAAACACGGCUUACAUUGAUGGAAGAAGUACUGUUACUCGGCCUCAAGGAUAAAGAAGGUUAUACAUCAUUUUGGAAUGAUUCAAUUUCAUCAGGUCUACGUGGAUGUAUACUUAUUGAAUUGGCUCUUCGUCAAAGAAUUGAAUUAGAAAAAGCAGGCAUGCGAAGAAAAAGCUUACAAAUGAGAAAAGUCAUUAUAAAAAAUGAGACACCUACUGGUGAUGUUCUUUUAGAUGAAGCUCUUAAACAUAUCAAAGAGACAAAUCCUCCUGAAACAGUACAGAGUUGGAUUGAAUAUUUAAGUGGUGAAACGUGGAAUCCUUUAAAAAUUAAAUACCAAUUAAAAAAUGUGCGAGAAAGAUUAGCUAAAAACUUAGUGGAAAAAGGUGUUCUUACAACUGAAAAACAAAAUUUCCUUUUAUUUGAUAUGACAACACAUCCAUUAACAGAUAAUGAAGCUAAGCUCAGGCUAGUUAAAAAGGUACAAGAUGCUGUUUUGUCUCGUUGGAUUAAUGAUCCACAUAGAAUGGAUAAGCGUCUUCUAGCAUUAUUAUUAUUGGCACAAGCAUCUGAUGUACUGGAAAGUGCUUUUUCUCCUUUAAAUGAUGAAGACUAUGAAUUAGCAACUAGGAGAUUAAGAGAAUUAUCUGAUAUGGAUUUAGAAGUUGAGUCAAUGAAAGUCUCCACUAAUGAUGUUAUUUGGGCUGUAUUUGCUAAUUUUAAUAAAUAAGUAUUGUUAUGACCA